GAUUUAUGACAUCAUUACGGAGGAUAAUGCAGUUCUCUUAAUGUUACACGAAUAAAGGUAAAAUUUAACAGUGAGCGAUACAAAGAUACACUGCCGCAGAGAUAAUACGAUAUUAAAACUAAUCUUUUACUUACACCAUUAAUAAUUUAUUGCAAGAUUUAGAACUUUUGUCCAAGCGGUCGUUUGAUCCGAGUUCUUGGGGCAAUUUUCUAAUUAUGUUCUUAUUAUGUGGUUCAACGUAUUUCCUCGUUGUCCCACAGUCUUUGUCUUUUCUUGACCGGUCGUGCACAUUUUUUCCAGUCUACUUGUGAGUCGACGUCUGGACGUUUUUUUAUUUAAAAAGUAAAGUAGUGAAUAGGAAGGGGUAGGUAAAUUGCAGCCGAUAUCGAGGUACAGUGCCUGCUCAGUCGCCAGAUACGUUUGUUUAAAUAAAACAUUUCCUGAUAAAAGAGCCCCUCUUGUCUUAGAUGAUAUAUCUUGAUAAAGCCUGUCAAGAUAGUUCUCCAAAAGACCGUUCAGUAUUCUUUAAAUUGUCUCAUGCUCAAGCGCACUUUUACUCUGUUUAUUAUAAUGUGAGCGAAAUUUUUGGUAUUUUUAAUCCUUUUCGUGUCUCUUAUACAGCUAAAUAAAGAACCAAGUGACACGCAUUCAUAUUUAUACAAGUGCGUUCCACGAAAGCUACAAUGUCCAAAUGGAUAGCUUUGCUGUCGAAACACAAAUUGAUAAUAACAAUAUUGAUUGGCGUGACUAUUGGAAUAUCGUGUGGCCUGAGUCUCAAGCAUUACAGCGGUGGAACAUGGUCCCAGCGAGAUAUCAUGUACAUCAAAUUUCCUGGAGAGAUAUUUCUCAGAGUAGUUAAUUGUUUGAUAUUGCCGCUUGUCACGUCCAGUAUUAUAAGUGCCACUUGCAAUCUCACCAGAUCUGGACCUAUUGGAUUGAUGGCAUUGUGCUAUUAUCUAACGACCACCACGAUUGGAAUAAUUUUGUGUGUCGUACUCGUUGAGACUAUUCGACCGGGCGAAUUGAUGAUAAACGAUCAAGAAGCUGAGGUACCAACGUCCAUGAAAACCUUUAUGACAAUGGACACAAUUCUGGAUCUGUUUCGUAAUCUCCUUCCCGAGAAUCUAGUAGAAGCAUGCAUGUAUCAGUAUCAAACCGUUUUAAAACAGCCAGUUAACACAUCAGUACCGAUAGAAGAAUGGCCCAUAACGAGCGAAUAUGUGGCAGGAACAAAUGUCUUGGGCUUAGUAUUUUUCAGUGUGUUAAUAGGUUUAGCAAUCGGGAAGAUAGACGCAAGAGGAAAGCCACUGUCAGACUUUUUUAAUUCCUUAGCCGACGUGAUGAUGAAAAUUAUGAAAUGGGUAACGCUGAUGGCACCAGUAGGUGUAUCGUUCCUUAUCGCUGGCCGAAUGCUGGAAAUAGACGAUUUUAGCGAUAUAAUAAGUCAUCUCGGAUUUUACAUUUUAACAGUGUUUGUUGGACUAAUAUUGCAAGGUUUUGUAAUCCUGCCUCUCCUUCACUGGAUCAUCACACGCAGGUCACCGUAUAAAAUUAUAUCCAAGCUCGGCCCAGCUUUUGCAACAGCCAUUGGAACGUCGUCGAGCACCGCCACGGUUCCCUAUACGCUAAGAUGUUUAGAAGGGCUGGGCAUAAAUCCCGAAAUAACAAAGUUCAUUAUACCGAUUGGAGCAGCGAUAAAUAUGGACGGGAUUGCCCUGUACGAAACUAUCGGGGCGAUAUUUAUUAUACAAUUACGUGGGCUGCAAUUCUCAUUGUUGAAGAUAAUAAUUAUCAGCAUUACAUGUACGGUGUCCUGCGUGGGUGCUGCCGGCAUACCCAGUGGUGGCUAUAUGAUGUUAAUAAUGGUGUUAAAUUCUAUAGGAGUGCCCACCGAAGAUAUCACACUAAUUAUCGCUGUCGACUGGUUUGUUGACCGAUUCAGAACGACAAUUAACAUUAUAGGUGACGCGCUUGGUGCAAGCAUCAUAUCUUGUUUUUGUAAAAAAGAUCUGGAAGGGGUUCUGGAAGGCGAGACAUGUCCGCUGAAAACAAACGUUUGCAAUACAUCUAUGAAAAUCCAUUUCAAUAAUGAAAAUUAAAACAGAUUUAAUGAUGUU